AUGCGCUCAUUGGCACCACGGAUCACCCGUCAGUCAUCGGUGCGGCCAAAGACGCGCUCUGGUAGCAAAGUAAACGCAACAGAGCCACAAGGAAGACAGCAGCGCAGCACAGCCCCUCCGCAAGCAAACAGCCGCGCCCAAGCCUCGCGUUCAGCCGCACGUAUGGCCGCCAUGAGCAGCAGCAGCGGACAGAGAGGGUGUGGGCGGGAACGCACACGCUGCCCCAUCAGUGGCGUCGCCAUAUCCUCCUCCAGAGGAGCCUCGCACAGCUACCCGGCGACCCACACACACCAAGCAUCAUGGCCGCAGUGCCUGCCGCGCCCUGUGGGUGCGACAAAAUCAGCCACACGCACACGGCUUCUCGCGACAACCUCGCAGCGGCUGCCGGCACAUGAGGCUCAUGUAUGCGCAGAUGCAUCAGGGCCAGCACCCCAUGCGGCCGUGGUGCCCACAGAUAGUCCCUCAAAAAGCGCCGCAUCAAAGGAAGCACGUGGGAGCGCGACGCGUCGCUGGCCCCCUUUACUCUCCGGUUCCCCCGUUGGGAGAAACUCCGCGGCGCCGACGCGGCCACACGGCACCGCCAGGAACGAGCGCGCCUACCACGCGCGGGCAGUGCAGCAUAAUCACCUCAACAGCACAAAUAGGAGAAGGCAGAGAGACAGACCCCAGCGCCUGAGAGACGCGGGCCUUCGCUUGUGCAGCAUCCCCACAGAUGCACACCUGCCGACGUCAUCGGCCACACAAAAAAAAGCCCACACACAACAACAUCGUUCCAGUUACUCUCAGCGCGUCCAUUGGACGUAA